AUGGUGUCGACACGAGCACAGCGCUCCAAAAAGACCACUACCCCGGUCCGAGGGACCGAUCAAGUCCGCAUAACCACAACCGCUGUGGUCUCUCUGGCGAAUGCUGCAAGCGCAUCCACGGUGUCUGCUAGCGUCAAUCUUGAUGUCGACAUGAAAGACGUUAGUCCAUCGACCAUGUCCUCCGCCCAGACGUCGAAUAUGACACGUCGUCUUGUUGUCCGACUGAAGCUUCCUGUCCGCCAGCACGGCGGGGUUACGGACACGAAGAUUCUUAUGACCUCCAAGUCGGGGAUCAAAGGCAAAAACACCGUGGAAGUGAAACGGGUUCGUCGACAGGCCGCUUCUACUUCUCGAGGGACCAAACGCCAAUCCACCGAUCAAGAUUCGCCGACUUCUCCGCCCAAGAAAAGCAAGCAAUCCACUGAGGGUGAUGAUGACGAUUUCGAACCCGACAGUGCUACAACUCAAGCUCUGGGUGUCCCCACUGUCGCUCGUGAGCUUCGCGGUCGGGGUGACGAUGGUACGGUCACUGGGCGUUUCAGGGCCGCUAAAAAGGCAAAAGAAGACCUCCGUGGACCGUUUAUUGUUCUUCAGUCCAAGACCAUCGGCGAGUUCCUUAAGAAACUGAAGAAGAGGCGUCCCGUGACUCCUUAUACCAACAAACAACGAUUCCAGUUCGGCCACGACCAGCUGUGGUUUUGGACGUCGCCAACUCCGUACACCAUUCGAAAGGUCUCGGAAAUUCUUGAAGAGGAACGGCCGGCCAUCAAUGAAGUUGCGGCUGCAGAAGGAACGGCAACCAACCCGUUCCAUGCCAGUGCCGGCAUCUCUAUCGACUCCAUCGUCCGCGUUAUCCUGUCACAAGCCUGCACCAACGAGGCUGCCUUGGAUGCACAGCAAGCGAUGCUUCUGGCCUACCCAUACUGGGUUGACGGCAAAUGGGUCGCGGGACAAAAGCCAAACUAUCACGGAAUGCGUGUCCAGAGCCUAUCCAAGCUGGAAAAGGUGCUGAAAAAGGCGGGGCUGGCGAACAAGAAGCCAAAAGCCAUCAAAGACAUCCUUGACAUUGUCUAUCAAAGAAAUGUCGCACUUCUGGAUCCGCUGGAGUAUGGCGAAAUUGUGUACGACGGCAACGAGCGGGGCGCUACCGACUUUGUUCCUGGUUUGCUAUCCGUGGACUACUUCUGGGACAUCUACAGACAAGAGGGCAAGCAAGCUCUCCUUGACCAUCUCGUCUCGCUCCCAUUGAUUGGGGUCAAGUCUGCGUCCUGCCUGAUGUGUUUCAACAUGUCGUUGCCUGUCUUUGCCGUGGACACUCACGUCGCCGGAAUGGCAAAGCUUCUCGGUUAG